AUGGUCUCCAUCCAGGCUUCGGCACAGCUACAAGAAAGCCCACUGGCGUACGCAAUCGCUUCCGAGAUCUUGCCCCGUAGGUGGAGACCUGGAGCUCAGGCAAUACUCUCCGCGGCCUCUGCAGCUGGUGCUCUCUUCACGCUUCUUGUGGGCGCCAAAAUCGCUGGAUCCUCGUUGGACGGAUGGCGGACGUUUUACUACAUCCUCGGUGGUCUGGAUAUCGUUGCUGCCUUGGUAUUCAUUUUCGCAUACAACGCUCCACCACUGCCUCUCCAGGCGUCUCUCUCAACAAGACAGAAAUUCGCCCGACUUGACUGGAUCGGAUAUGCAUUCUUCGUACCAGGUCUUGUGUUGCUUCUCAUGGGACUGAUUUGGUCUAAGAAUCCAUACCCUUGGACGGACUCUCAUGUUCUCGCUCCGUUCAUUGUCGGACUUGUGCUUCUCAUCCUGUUCGCUCUAUACGAAUGGAAAUGCAAGAAAGAUGACGUGAUCCAUCACGAUCUGUUCAAUCCGUCAGUAUUCUUCUCGGUCUCCGUAUACUACGUGUUCGAGAUGAGCGUCAUCUACGAUGAGAAUAGCUACAUCGCCGCUGUCAGAUUUGCCGUUGCAUUCUUGAUCUCGGUCCCCGGAGCUGUGUGUGUUGCUUUCUAUGUGUCCCGAAGCCGAAAGCUGAAGACCCCGUCUGUCAUUGGAUUUGUCUUCUUUACCGUCUUCUUGAUCUUGAUGGCAACCGCAAGAGUCUCGGAUGGAACGGCCAUGUGGGGAUACUCAGUCUUUAUUGGUCUUGGUAUCGGAUCAGUCUUGACCACCUUAGUCACUGCAAUUCAGCUUAGUGCUCCGCCAAAGCUUAUUGCGGUCUCGAGCGGUCUGACACUUGCUAUUCGUUCCUUUGGAGGAGCAGUCGGUCUGGCAAUCUAUACUUCUAUCUUCGAUGCUCAGCUCUCCUCAGAGCUUCCUCAGAAGAUUGCUUCCGCCACCAUACCUCUGGGACUUUCCCAGACAAGCGUUGGGCUAUUGAUCAAGGCUCUGGCGCAAAACGACCAGGCAGCCCUCAUGAAGAUUCCUGGUAUCACAUCAGCCAUUAUCGACGCUGCUGUUUCGGCUCUGAAACAGGCAUACCUUGUAUCAUUCAGGUAUAUCUGGAUAGCUGCGGCUGCCUUCUCCCUACUUGCGAUCAUCGUGCUGAGUAAGAAGGCACAGGGACAGGGACAGGGACAGGGUGAGGUAGCAAAGCUCAUUAGACUUGAUACAGUAAAUGCACAUGCGGCUGUACAGCACAAAGAGGAAGUUCCAUGUCGGGCCGAGACAUGGAACACGGUCAACAGAGAAUCAUGA